AGUAUUCGGUUUCAAACCAAACCCAUGUGCUUUUUUAUUCAGCUCACAGGAAGUACAAAUUGAACUUUUCAUAGAAAAACGGGGUAAGGUCAUUAAGGAAAAUAAUUCUCCUUUGUUGGACCAUUUUAAGUAGUAUUCUCAAAGUUUAUUAGCCAAUACUUCCUUCUUUAAAAAUCUUUCUUGGACGUGAGCAUCUCUGACAAGGCAAGCAUUUGUCGCCUAUCCCUGAGUGUCCUGUUUUUGUAUUUAGCCAUUGAUCCGCUUCUGGCUCUGUUAUAGUUAUGCUGCACCACUCUAAACUCCUCAUGGGCGCACUUUCACAUUCGAGCUUCGUGCCGUGCUUUACAUCGGUUUGUAAACAGUCCUAGAUUUCGCUUCGACGAGACUCCAACCCCCAAGCAGGUCGGGACCAGUGGCUGUUUCCUCAGAGACAUGGAUCUUGAAUGCUGCCAAUGCGUCCUGCUCUGUUCCCCUCUGGCCUGGCUCAGUGCUGAGGUGUUCAGUCACUGCUGGUUCAUCCCCGGGGCGGGUCUACAAGGAGACGGGGGCUGUCUUCAUUCAGCACAGGAGUUUUAAAAGGGGACGAGCCGUGGCGGUUCGAUCACAGCAGCAGGGAGACACUUGCUGCCUGGGAAGGGGAGGGCGGAGGCUCUAAAUUACAAACCAACCAUGAAGCUCCUGAAGGAGGUGGUGGCUGUGUUCAUCCUGUUACCCCGCUUCCUCAUCACCGCCUUCAUGCUCUGGCUCCUCGAUAUCCUGUGCAUCCGAAAGCGGUUGCUGUCUAAGAGUAGGCAACAGCGCGAAGGAAAUGCCGAUGAUCCUCCUCUGUGUGUCUCGGACACAAACCGAAUGUUUACCAUGGAUUCCCUCAGAGCGAUCUGGUACGGCCAGAAACUGGACUUUUUUAAAUCCGCCCACGUGGGCUCGCCGGCUCCAAACCCUGAAGUGGUGCAGCUGUGGGACGAGAGCACGGUCCGGCUGCUGGACUACAGCCGAGGCGGCAGGCCACUCAUUCUCAACUUUGGCAGCUGCACCUGACCCCCUUUCAUGGCGCGCCUCAAGUCCUUCCAGAGGCUCGCCACCCAGUACGCUGACAUUGCAGACUUCCUCCUGGUCUACAUUGAGGAAGCUCACCCUUCUGACGGUUGGAUCAGCACCGAUGCUCCCUAUGACAUCCCAAAGCACCGCUCCCUGCAAGACCGCCUGAAAGCAGCCAGUUUGAUGGACAGAGAGAACCCUGGCUGCCUUGUGGUCGCUGACACCAUGGAUAACUCUUCCAACACUGCCUACGGCGCUUACUUUGAACGGCUGUAUGUCGUCCGGAAUCAGAAAGUCGUGUAUCAAGGAGGGAGAGGACCAGAAGGAUACAAGAUCUCCGAACUCAGAAUGUGGCUUGAGCAGUAUAAAAAUCAGAGCCACAAUCCCAGCACUGUCCUGAUUGAAGUGUGAAUGAACUAAAUGCACUGAAUUUGUAGAAACGUUUAAUAUAUUUUGAAAACGAUCCUUCCUUCUUUCUAUUUACCGCAGUGUUUCUUACUGAACGAACUGGUGAAACAAGUACUAAUGUGUCAUGUACGGUUAAUAUGACCUUGAUGUAUAUUUGUAAAUACUCUUUGAAAUACUAUAUAUUUUGUGUUUUUUUUAAAGUGGUUCACCUGGCUAGUAAAGUGGGAAUUCGCACAUAUUCUUGACACUUCUUUGUGAAAGCCGGUUUUGAAAUGGCUUUAUGCCAGGAAACUGCGCCUGAUGUGACAAGUGUCCGGGAUACGGUGAAUUUUUUGUGUUAGAUCAGUACUGUAUUGCGUUUGAUGAAAACACAUGUUUCGAAAUCGCGGGCUUUGUAGAUAAUCGUGUAUUUGCAUUCUUUUGAAAUCAACCGUUUUUAUUACAUUUUAUAAUAAAUAUGCCAAAAACGUGA